CCUCGCUCCAUGAUGUCCCUCAAUCACUGACAUUGAAUACUAGAUGUUUUUCUUCCUCCACACUGACUACCGUUGGCUAUCUCCCAUAUGAAUAGAGACAUAAAAUCUGACCGUUGCAACUGAACAGGUGUUUGAAUAGAGACUAGAAGCUUCAUUGCCUCUCACCAUCCCCUCCCGGAAACCACCCCCAACAAUGGGCGCCUCUGAUAAUCCAUCUUCGGCGCGGGACAACUCGUUGGAAAAGCCGAAGCUCCUCCCGAGAAAGACGCUGUCUGGUGUCGAUAUCGAAGGCCACAAUCUACCUCCCUCCCCCGCCCCAUCCAGUCCUCGCGGCGGUCGACGGUAUGCUCUAGCUACGGAGUUAGUAUUUACAGAGGGUAAUGACCAGUUCAAUGCGAGCAGCGUGCCAAUCUACCAGAGUGCAACUUUCAAACAAACCUCCGGAAAUGGUGGCGGCGAGUACGACUACACACGAUCGGGCAAUCCCACCCGAACACACCUAGAGCGACAUCUGGCGAAAAUUAUGUCCGCGCAGCGAGCCCUCGUGGUAUCCUCUGGAAUGGCUGCCUUGGAUGUGAUAACACGCCUUCUUAAACCGGGUGAUGAAGUUGUUACUGGUGAUGAUUUGUAUGGCGGCACAAAUCGCCUUCUUAAAUAUUUAGCCACUCACGGCGGCAUAAUUGUUCACCACGUCGACACUACUCGGCCGGAGAAGGUGUCAGAAGUCCUAGGAGCGAUGACUAGACUGGUUCUGCUAGAGACUCCCACAAACCCGUUAAUAAAGAUAGUAGACAUCCCACAAAUCGCAUCAUUGACGCAUGAGGCGAACCCCGAUGCGUUGGUCGCGGUCGACAAUACCAUGCUAUCCCCGCUCCUGCUCAACCCGCUCGACCUAGGUGCCGAUAUAGUCUACGAGAGCGGAACCAAAUACCUAUCUGGCCACCACGACUUGAUGGCCGGCGUGGUCGCCGUCAAUGACUUGUCCCUAGGCGAAAAGCUAUACUUCACCAUCAACAGCUCUGGCUGUGGUCUGUCCCCCUUCGACUCCUGGCUGCUCCUGCGCGGCGUCAAGACACUAAAAGUCCGCAUGGAACAACAACAAUCCAACGCGCAGCGCAUUGCCGAAUUCCUCGAAAACCACGGCUUCCGCGUCAGAUACCCUGGCCUCAAGUCCCACCCACAAUACGACCUACAUCGCUCCAUGGCGCGAGGACCCGGUGCAGUGCUCUCGUUUGAAACGGGGGAUGUAGCAACCAGUGAGAGGAUUGUGGAGAGUGCAAAACUAUGGGCUAUCAGCGUCAGCUUUGGCUGCGUUAACAGCUUGAUUAGCCUGCCCUGUCGGAUGAGUCAUGCUAGCAUCGACGCGAAAACCAGGAGGGAUAGAGAUAUGCCUGAAGAUUUGAUUCGGCUGUGCGUGGGUAUUGAGGACGUGGAUGAUCUAAUUGAUGAUUUGAGAAGAGCGCUCGUGCAAGCUGGCGCUGUGACUGUAUCACUAGACGACUUCCAAGCGGUCAACCCCGCUCCAUCUAAAGGAUGAAAGAGACCUUGUAUUUAGGAUGAAAGGAGCUGCAUGGACGCGCCGACAUUGCCAUCAUAGAUUUCCUGUCCUUCGGUUACCCAACCCCAAACCCUCCUUUCGGGAGUUUUGCCUUCAUCAUUUUACCAAUGACGUUUCCCCCCCAACAAUUGUAUAUAUGCACACACGAGAUAUCCGGCGUUACCUGUGGGAAAUGAGGAAAUAAAAAAAUAUAAUUCAUAUAAAAUAAAAAAGAUUCAUGUU